AUGUCGACAACGCUUGGAGCAUUCAUCGCUGGCGGCAUCGCAGCUUGUGGUGCAGUUACGGCAACCCAUCCAUUCGAGACUGUCAAGAUUCGAAUGCAAUUGCAAGGCGAGCUCCAACAAAAAGGACACCAACCUCACCAUUACCGCGGCCCAAUCCACGGCGUGGGUGUAAUCGUACGAAAUGAGGGCUUACGGGGUAUUUACCGGGGUCUAGGAACGGCAUACAUUUACCAGAUUCUCCUUAAUGGCUGUCGAUUAGGGUUCUACGAUCCCAUGCGUAAGGGCCUCGCAACACUGUUUCUCAAGAACGAGAACGCGCAGAACCUCGGAAUCAACAUGUUUUGUGGUGCCUUCUCAGGUGUCAUUGGCGCAGCUGCUGGCAGUCCGUUUUUCCUCGUCAAAACCCGUCUUCAAAGUUACUCGCCCUUUUUGCCCGUCGGUACUCAGCACCAGUAUCGCAAUGCGUGGGAUGGCCUGUCCCAGAUUUAUCGCGGCGAAGGUGUGGGCGGCUUGUACCGUGGUAUUGGCGCGGCAAUGAUCCGAACUGGUUUUGGCAGCUCUGUCCAACUGCCUACAUACUUCUUCGCCAAGAGACGGUUGAUGAGACACGCCGGUAUGGAGGAGGGACCAGCGUUGCACCUGGCAAGCAGUGCUGCCAGUGGCUUUGUCGUCUGCUGCUUCAUGCACCCCCCUGAUACCAUCAUGUCCCGACUGUACAACCAGAACGGCAAUCUCUACAAAGGCGUUUUCGACUGCUUAGGAAAGACGAUUCGCACCGAGGGCUUCUUCGCCAUCUACAAGGGCUUCCUCCCACAUCUGGCUCGAAUUCUACCACAUACCAUCCUGACGCUUUCGUUGGCUGAACAGACCAACAAGCUGGUGAGGAAGUUCGAGGGCAGAUUACUGCCCAUGGUUGCCAAGGCUUAA